AUGGGACGGGAGAAGGAGUCUAAAGAUGAAGAUAAGAUCAAGCUCAAAUCGUCAAAAAUGAAAUUGAAAAAGUUGAGUGGCCAUGAACACGCUGGCGCCGGGGGAGACUCCUCCAGGGGCAGGUGCAUGGGCAGUAAACGGAUAAAGCCUGAGGAAGAGAUGGAUGGAGACUUUAUUUCAAAGAAGAAAUCGCAGAAAAGGAAAAGAAUCAAAGAAGAACAAACUGAGUGUCCUACUGAUACAAGUUCAAAAGAAUCAGGAAAACUGGAAGAGGAUGACACCUCCCAGAAGAAAAGGAAAAGAAAAGCUGAAAAGACUGUCAAAAAAGAAGAGGCUGAUCCCGUCCCGGUCACCAAAAAAACUAAAAGGACAAAAGAAGAGAUUCAGGAGGCCAAACUAUUGAAGAUAAAAAAGAAAGAAGAGGAGGAACAGAACCGCUGGAGAUGGUGGGAAGAAGAAAAGUAUGAAGAUGGUGUCAAAUGGAAAUUCUUGGAACACAAAGGACCAUACUUCCCUCCAGAAUAUCAGCCUAUUCCAGAAAAUGUUCAUUUUUACUAUGAUGGUAAAGCAGUGAAGCUGAGUCUGGCUGCUGAGGAGGUGGCACUGUUUUUUGCCCAGAUGUUGGAUCAUGAGUACACCACCAAAGAUCAGUUUCGGGAAAACUUUUUUAAAGAUUGGAGAAAGGAGAUGACUUCAGAAGAAAGAUCAAUUAUUACAGACCUGAACAAAUGUGACUUUGGAGAAAUGCAUGCCAUGCACAAGGCAAAAGUGGAAGCUCGGAAAAACAUGACUAAAGAAGACAAACAAACAAUGAAAGAUGCUAACCAGAAAAUUGUGGAUGAGUUUGGCUACUGCCUAUUGGACCAUCAUAAGGAGAGAAUUGGCAAUUUUAAAAUUGAGCCCCCAGGAUUGUUCCGAGGGAGAGGAGACCACCCAAAACAAGGCAUGCUGAAGAAGAGGAUCCAGCCAGAGGACGUUAUCAUCAACUGCAGCCUAAAUGGUUCUAUUCCUGUGCCACCUGUUGGUCACCAUUGGAAAGAAGUCCGUCAUGAUAACACUGUGACAUGGCUGGCCAGUUGGACUGAAAACAUUCAGGGAUCUAUCAAAUACAUUAUGCUCAAUGCUAACUCAAAACUUAAGGGAGAAAAAGACUGGGAGAAAUAUGAAAUUGCCCGAAAACUGAAGACUUCCGUAGAUCACAUCCGAUACCAAUACAAUUUGGAUCUCAAGUCCAAACAGAUGAGCACGCGCCAAAGAGCAGUGGCCCUCUACUUCAUUGACAAGCUGGCCCUGAGAGCAGGUAACGAGAAGGAGGAGGGAGAAUCGGCGGACACAGUGGGCUGCUGCUCCCUUCGUGUGGAGCACAUUACCCUGCAUGAGCGGCUGGAAGGCGAUGAGUGUGUAGUGGAGUUUGACUUCCUGGGUAAAGACUCUAUUCGCUACUACAACAAGGUCCCUGUCAUUAAGAAGGUUUUCAAGAAUCUUAAACUAUUCAUGGAAAACAAGGAACCUGGAGAUGACCUAUUUGAUCGCCUUUCUACACAAUUGCUCAACAAGCAUUUGAGUUCUCUGAUGGCAGGACUUACAGCUAAGGUCUUCAGGACAUACAACGCUUCCAUUACACUGCAGCAGCAGCUGAAGGAGCUCACAAACGAGGGAGACAAUGUGGCAGCGAUGAUACUGUCAUACAACCGAGCAAAUAGAGCUGUUGCAAUUCUGUGCAACCACCAGCGGGCGCCGCCAAAGACCUUUGAGCAAUCGAUGGCAAAUCUGCAAGCAAAGAUUGAUGGAAGAAAAGAACAACUAGCACUUGCCAAGUCUGAAUUCAAACAAGCCAAGAAGGAGGCAAAGUCGAAAGGCAAUUCUGACCCUAAAUUGCAGACGCUGGUGGAGAGGAAGAAGGCUGCAGUAAAGCGCUGUGAGGAUCAGCUGCUGAGGAUGGAGCUCCAGGCAACUGACAAAGAAGAGAAUAAACAAAUCGCUCUGGGCACCUCAAAGCUCAACUACCUUGAUCCACGAAUCUCAGUGGCUUGGUGUAAAAAGUAUGAGGUGCCAUUGGAGAAAAUAUACAAUAAAAGCCAACGGGACAAAUUUGCCUGGGCCAUCGAUAUGACGGAGGAAGAUUUUGAGUUCUAG